AUGAACAGAGAAGGUGAAGAUUUCAGAUAUGAAAGAGAAAUUGGUAUGAAGACCGUGAGUUGGGUGUUGUAUGAUAUAUCAUGGGCUAAGUUUGCAAACUUCAGCAGGUAUGAAGAACUGGUCAAUGCACCCAUUAGGUUCAUUUGGUACAAACAAAGAGAUAAUGAGAUGAAGACAGUGAACUAUGUGUAUGACGAAAUCUCUGAAGACAUAUUCCUACUUAUCUGUUCAGCAAAAGAAUCUGGUGAGAUUGAAAUCUUCUUGGAGUAUGACUGCACAGAGCAUAAUGAGCCUCUUAGAGUGAGUAAUGAAAUGCGUGAUGAAGAUGAGACCGUUAAUGAUUUUUCAGAGAGAGAAGAUGAAGAUGAUAAUUCUGAGAGUGAUGAAGGAAUAGACAGGCCAAAGGAAGAUGAAGAACCAGAACAGUCUGAGGAUGAAAUGCAUGAAGAAGAGGUUGGUAAUGGAGAUGAAAUGCAUGAGGAACAGCCUGGUAAUGAAGAUGAGACAAUGGCUGAAGGAGGUGCAAAUGUUGAUGAUGGAGAAGAUGUUGUUGAAGAUGCUGGUGAUGGUCGUAAUGAUGACAGGUUUAGGUCUCUUUUUGAGGAAGGAUCAUGUGCAAAACCAGUGAAGGAAGCAUAUGAAAAUUUGGAAGAAAAAGAGGCUGCAGAAAGAGAAGCAGAGGAAAGUGAGGAAGAAUGCGUGAUAGAGGAGGAUGCUGAGUAUCCAGAUACACCAUUAGAGUCAGAUGAGGAGUGGGAUCAGUGGGAUAACCCGAAAGGGAAAAGGAGGGGAAGAUCGCAGUUCCAUGGUGACUUAGAGAAGGAGCCAUACAUUUGGUUGUUUCAGAAAUUUAACAGCGGCUUAGAGUUUAAAGACCAGCUUCUGCGAUACUCUUUGAAGACCCAAUAUGAUGUGAAGAUGGCAAGGUCUGAAGCAAACAGAAUAGCUGUUGUUUGUUGUGGUGAGAAUUGCAAGUUCAGAGUGUACUGUUCGUUUGAGCCUCCUAUUAACAAGUGGAUGGUGAAAGUUUGCAAUAUGCGUCACAAUCAUGGAAAAUCCAGCAGGGUUUCGAUGUUGAAGCAAGGAGUAAUUGCGGGUUUAUUUAGAGAAGAGUUGAGGAGGAAUGUAAACUUACAAGCUGCAGUGAUCAAAGACACAAUCAAGGAGAGGUAUAACAUUGUUGUUCCAAUAUCAAAGUGUUAUAGAGGGAGGCGUAUUGCUUUGAAUACUAUCAUGGAAGCUCAAGUCACUCAAUUUGCUAAGCUAUGGGAUUACGAAGCUGAGCUCAAACGAACACAUCCCAACAUCAGAACUGAUCUCUGCACAAUCCGUAAAGAUGAUGAGGGAGUGGACAUGUUUGAUUGUUUCUACAUUUGCUUUGAUGAGUUUCGAACAACAUGGAAGAAUUGUUGCAGGCCAGUGAUUGGUUUGGAUGGAUGCUUUCUGAAAUGGGAGUUGAAUGGUGAUUUGCUUUCAGCUGUUGGAAGAAAUGCAGACAACAGAAUGUAUCCGAUUGCAUGGGCAGUUGUUAGAGGUGAGACUAAAGACACUUGGGGCUGGUUUAUUAAGAAGCUUAAAGUCGACCUUGACUUAGGAAUGGAGAAAACUUCACAAUAA